AUGGCCGAUGAUGGAGUUAAUCCGAAGGCCUUCCCAUUGGCUGACACGAACCUUUCCCAGAAGCUCAUGGAUCUUGUCCAACAAGCGAUGAACUACAAACAACUUAGAAAAGGUGCUAACGAAGCCACCAAAACCUUGAAUAGAGGUAUUGCGGAGGUUAUCGUUAUGGCUGCCGAUGCUGAGCCUUUGGAAAUUCUUCUUCACUUGCCUCUCUUAUGUGAGGAUAAAAAUGUCCCAUACGUUUUUGUUAGAAGCAAAGCCGCUUUGGGACGUGCGUGCGGUGUCACUCGUCCGGUUAUUGCCACGUCGAUCAUCCAGAACGAAGGAUCUCAAUUGAAAUCUCAAAUCCAAAAGAUCAAGGAAGAUGUCGAAAAACUUCUUAUCUAA